ACUGGGGCGGCGGCGGGCGGACCUCGGCCGGGCCUCGGGCCCCGGAGCAGGAUCAGGGCCCCUUCCUGGGGGAGUUUCCUGCCUCGUCCGCCCUCCCCGCUCUCCCCGCCCCCUCUCCGGGCCGCUCCUUGUAUGGUCUGGGCUCGGCGCUCUCCCCGCCCCCUCUCUCCCUCCCUUUUCCCUGCGUCCCUCCCCGCCCGCUGGAGGCUGCUGGGGGCCGGGACGCACAGUGCGCGGACGCGGCCCCGAGCAGACGCGGCGCGCUCCGGCCGGCGGUGAGGUGCCGUCUCCGCUCCGGCUUUCUACGCCCCGCAGAAGAAGUUCGGCCCGGUGGUGGCCCCAAAGCCCAAAGUGAAUCCUUUCCGGCUUGGGGACAGCGAGUCUCCCGCGGCAGCCGGGGCCCAGCGCGCACAGAUGGGCCGGGUGGGCGAGAUCCCCCCGCCGCCCCCGGAAGACUUUCCCUUGCCCCCGCCUCCGGUGCUCGGGGAUGGCGACGACACGGAGGGUGCCCUGGGAGGUGCCUUCCCACCCCCGCCACCACCCAUCGAGGAGCCGUUUCCUCCUGCGCCCCUGGAGGAGGACAUCUUCCCCUCCCCACCGCCCCCGCUGGAGGAGGAGGGGGGGCCUGAGGCCCCCACCCAGCUCCCACCACAGCCUAGGGAGAAGGUGAGCAGCAUUGACCUGGAGAUCGACUCUCUGUCCUCGCUGCUGGAUGACAUGACCAAGAAUGACCCCUUCAAAGCCCGGGUGUCCUCUGGAUAUGUGCCCCCGCCUGUUGUUGUUCCCAAGCCCAGCCCUAAGCCUGCAGCUGGGGGCACAGCACCCCUGCCUCCUUGGAAAGGAGCGCCGGCCAAAGCCCCGCCUGCACCCCAGACUCAGCCUCAGAGCCAGAUACCGUUCCAUGUCCCGUCCCAUCCCAAGCCCCAGGUCCAGUUCCACGUCCAGCCCCAGGCCAAGCCCCAGGCCCAGCCCCAGGCCCAGCCUGUGCCUUCUGCUAACACCCAGCCCCGGGGUCCUCAGGCUGCGGCUCCCGCUCCAGCUCCUAAGUUCUCUCCAGUGUCAUCCAAGUUUACUCCUGUGGCUUCCAAGUUCAGCCCGGGAGCCCCAGGUGGACCUGGGUCGCAGCCCAAUCAAAAACUGGGGUCUCCCGAAGCUCCCUCAGCCACUGGCACAGGCUCCCCUCAGCCCCCUGGCUUCACCUAUGUGCAGCAGAGGGAGAAGCCCCAAGUUCAGGAGAAGCAGCACCCAGCGCCCCAUCUGACCCAAAACCAAAGCCAGGUGCGCUCUCCUGGGGCUCCGGCCCCUCUGACCCUGAAGGAAGUAGAGCAGCUGGAAGAGCUGACUCAGAAGCUGAUGCAGGACAUGGAACAUCCUCAGAGGCAGAACAUGGCCGAGAACAUGGCCGUGAACGAAUCCUGUGGCCGGUGCCAUCAGCCGCUGGCACGCGCGCAGCCUGCAGUCCGAGCCUUAGGGCAGCUGUUCCAUAUCACCUGCUUUACCUGCCACCAGUGUGAGCAGCAGCUGCAGGGACAGCAGUUCUACAGCCUGGAGGGGGCGCCAUACUGUGAGAGCUGCUACACUGAUACCUUGGAAAAGUGCCACACCUGUGGGCAGCCCAUCACGGACCGCAUGCUGAGAGCCACGGGCAAAGCCUACCAUCCGCAUUGCUUCACUUGCGUGAUCUGCGCCUGCCCCCUGGAGGGCACCUCCUUCAUCGUGGACCAGGCCAACAGGCCCCACUGCGUCCCUGACUACCACAAGCAGUACGCCCCGCGGUGCUCUGUCUGCGCGGAGCCCAUCAUGCCGGAGCCUGGCCGUGACGAGACCGUGCGAGUGGUCGCUCUGGACAAGAACUUCCACAUGAAGUGUUACAAGUGUGAGGACUGCGGGAAGCCCUUGUCUAUCGAGGCGGACGACAACGGCUGCUUUCCCCUGGACGGCCACGUGCUUUGUCGGAAUUGCCACAGAGCCAGGGCCCAGACCUGAGUGAGAGCUCCUUCCAGACCACAGGUCCUCUCCACCACCCACACUGAGACCCAUCCUCGUCUCUACCCGCCCUGCCUUCCUCCAUUCCAAACCCCUCCCUGGUAUCUCAAGUGCCCGACCCAGGGCCCCAGCACCGCCCACCCGGCCUGCAGGGCUCACCUGCCCGCUGUCCUCCGGGUCCCCACCCGAGGGGCACCAGUUUAGUGCUGCUGCUUACACUGCACGACAACGCCCUUGGCUGGCCCCUGAGCAGCCCCCGUACUCCGCUUGCUGAGGGUCGGGAGAUGCCCUGACCCUCCGGGAGCCUGGACACCCACCCUGCCCACGCUGCCGGGUUGUGGCUACAGCUACAGAUUAAAAAAACCUUGUUUUCCAGAA